GGUCACCGGCGGCGCCGGUCGGCAGUGCUCCGCGAGCCGCGUGCACGGGAGGAUCGAGAGCGAGAGUGAUUUCCACCGCGCCGCCGCCCCACACGGAACAUGUGAACAGAGCCCGCGCGCCGACCGUCUUCUGUGCCCUAGUCUGUGUGUAGAUUGGUAGUUGAGUUGAUAUCGUCCAGAUGAAGCCCAUCAUGCGGUGUGUAGGGAUUUCGCUGCUGCUGCUGGUCGUCUGGUCAGAAGGACUGCCGCAGAGAGCAACCAACACAGUGCCGUUCACUGCCUUCGGUUCGCCGGCCCAGCAGCGACAAAGACAACGGCAACAAGAACAACAACAACAGCAGCAGCAGCAGCAGUCCCAGCAGCAGCCUCAGCAGCAACAGCAGCGCCCAGGUCGACUGCUGAACGGCAACAACCUGGCAUUCCAGCCGCGGCCACCGUUCCAGUUCGGCGCGCCAGCUCAGUUCGGCGCGCCACAGUUUCGGCCCCAGCCCUUCACCGUGUUCCGGCAGCCACCGCCGGGCCAGUUCCGGCCACCGGCUCAGACACAGUUUGGCCAAUUCCGACCGGUCACGGCGCCGCCGCCGGCCGGCGCCGCCGUCCGGUCGCCCUUCCCGCCGCCGCCGCCCCAAACGUUCUUCGGUCGUCCGGCGACGGCGACUCCUCCGACCACCGAGGCGCCGACGGAGCCGCCGCCGGCUGCCACUACCCAGCGCCCGCUGCGGCUGCGGCCGCGCGUCCGCAACCCGGCCGGUCGGGUCACCCUGUUCCAGUUGGUGACCACUUCCACCACGCCGACGCCAGCCGUUGAGCUGGAGCCCACGCUGCGCUCGAACGAAGUGACGGUGUUCGAGCCGUCCCGGCAGGAGGUGCGCGGCCGGUUCGACCAGCAGGCGGCGCCCGAGACCACCACCGAGUUCGUGCCGCAAACCACCCUCGCGCCGACCACCUUCGGCGGAACCACGUUCCCGCUCUUCCGUGAGGAGCCGGAACGCGUUACGCAGCGUCCCGUCGAGGUGCCGACGGAGUUCACGACAGAGGAGCCGUUCAAUAGUCUAAAUUUCACGAGUGAUGGCAGCCUGGUGGAGUUUGUAGACUACUCGCCCGACCCACUGGCUGGCGACCAGUUUUCCGACUACGUGGAAGAGGGCAACGACUCAUUUGCUGGCUUCGAAGAUCAAGGGCUACAAGGAACAGAAACAGGGCCUUCGAAUCAAUUCGCAGACACAACAGAGAGGAGUUUAGGCACCACAGGCUUCUCAGGCGAUGAUGUUCCAGACUUCACCACCGAUGACUCUCUGAUUGAGUUCACCAAACAACGGGACCAGGUGCUAAGGGGAUUCGCUGACGAGGCGGAAACCACCACGGAGGCCCUGGUGUUCGAAGGAGGCUUCGAAAGCACGACCCCAAGUUCCUUUGACGAGUUCGCUACCACCAAUGAAGAGUUUGUCAACAGGACGACAGAACCGAUAGCAUUUGCCACAACGGAGACCACUCCGGAGAGUACCACGGAGCGACUGUUCGCUGUCUCCGACGACAAACAGCUGCAGGAUCUGGACGUCAGUCCAGGAGACGUCAGUGAGGAGACGACGCUGGCGCCGGUCACCGAGCCGACCCUGGCCGACGAAGAGUUCACUACGGCUAUCACGGCGCCGCCCACCAACCGAAUCACGCGCGAAACGACACCGCUGUCGCCGCGGCCCACCCGGCCGUCCCUGCCGCGGCGCGGCCUUUCGUCCUCCAUUCGCGACCGGCUCAGGAGCCGCAACAGGGACUCGGGCAGCUCGCGCUUGAGGCCGGCGCAGGACGAGCCCGAGGCUGCCGCGGAGGAGGCGGAGGAGGCCGCGCCGCCGCCGCGCCGCCUGUCGCUACGGGAGCGUUUGCGGCAGCAGCUGCAGGCGAAGCAGGAGGACGCCCCCACGGAGCCGUCGACGGUGGUGACGACUGUGACGGCCCGCCAGGUGAGCGGGCUACCGUCCGGUCGCGCCACCGAGACGACCACGGAGCGACGCCUGGCUGCGCCGACGCGUCGCCCGCGCCCCUCCAGCAGCCGCGGCGGCCUGGCCUCGCUGCUGGUGAAGCAGCUGAAGGACGCUCAAGGGGAGGAGACGCCACCAUCAGUCGAGGAGACAACACUCCGCUCCGAAACGAGCCCGCCCACCUCCACCACCGCCGCGCCCGAGACGGCCGCGCCAACAGAGCCGGUGGGACCAGAGCCGCCCAACACGGGUCGCAAGGCGCCGACGCAGCGGGGCGGCCUGGCCUCCUUCAUCUCCAAGGGCACGGCGGAGCGACCGUCGCGGCCGGGUCUGUCCUCCCUGAUCGAGCGGCUGCGCGGCCGCACCUCCACCACGGCGAGGCCGGAGCCGGGCAGCCGCGAGGGCAAGGCGCUGCGUGCCGACAGCGAAGCUCAGCAGACGACCGUCGUUGACGAGGACGUGUCUCGCUUCCUUCCGCCCGGCUUCCGGCCGGUGAAAGACAGCGUGGAGACAACGACCAUACGAAACGAGGAUGGGCUGGUCAUCAUUGAGGAGGACAUCAAUCCCGACCUGCUUCCGGAGGGGUUCAAGAACAAGGUGCGACAGGACCUUGAGAACUCGGGCGCCGAGCCGAAGCUCACGCCGCCGCCCAUCACCUCCACGGCCAGGCCCAAAGUUCAGGUGGAGGAGGUGGAGGACCUCUCGGCCUUCUUGCCGCCCGGGUUCCAGCUGGAGUCUGUGAGUACCACUUCAUCCAAGAAAAAGCCUGCUGCCAUCGAAGAGGAUGUCUCGGCAUUCCUCCCGCCGGGCUACAAGGCGCCGGAAACGACCACGGAGCGUUCUCGCGCUCCGAUAGUCGCCAUUGAAGAGGAUGUGUCAGCCUUCCUCCCACCCGGUUACAAACCCCCAGAGACGACGACAACAGAGCGUACUCGAUCCCGUGAGCCGAUAGUCGCCAUCGAAGAGGACGUGUCAGCCUUCCUGCCACCCGGAUACAAGCCUCCCGAAACUUCGACCACGGAGCGCAGUCGCUCACGUGCGCCGAUAGUCGCCAUCGAAGAGGACGUGUCAGCCUUCCUGCCACCCGGGUACAAGCCUCCCGAAACUUCGACCACGGAGCGCAGUCGCUCACGUGCGCCGAUAGUCGCCAUCGAAGAGGACGUGUCAGCCUUCCUGCCACCCGGGUACAAGCCUCCCGAAACUUCGACCACGGAGCGCAGUCGCUCACGUGCGCCGAUAGUCGCCAUCGAAGAGGACGUGUCAGCCUUCCUGCCACCCGGAUACAAGCCUCCCGAAACUUCGACCACGGAGCGCAGUCGCUCACGUGCGCCGAUAGUCGCCAUCGAAGAGGAUGUGUCAGCCUUCCUGCCACCCGGGUACAAGCCUCCCGAAACUUCGACCACGGAGCGCAGUCGCUCACGUGCGCCGAUAGUCGCCACCGAAGAGGACGUGUCAGCCUUCCUGCCGCCAGGCUAUAAGCCGCCCGACCCCUCGGAUGCUGAGGAGACGACCACCAGUACCACAGCGGCGCCCAAACGCAAGUCGGCUGGCAUCGUGUUCCCCUCGAGAGCGGGCGUCUCGCGCACCGUUGAAAGGAAACCGCUGGACCUGUUCAUCCCGGGCAAGGUCAGCUCCACGGCUAUACCGCCGCUGGAGUUCAAAUAUGAGCAGUCCGAGAAGGGCCUGUUCUCGCUACUUGGUAAUAGGCCCAAGUUCACCGUCGGGACAAAUCCCACCGUCCCUUCAACGGCGGCCACCACACCGGAGUCGUCAGCCUCGUCGACGCCGGCCCAGACCACGGUCGCCACCACCACUACGACCACCACCACGACCACCACCACACGCGUGCCGACCACGCCUGGCGUGUGCGCCUCCAACUGCCGGAUGGCCAGCUCGGUGCGGAUCCUGGAGGGCCUGCGGUGGCGGCCGGAGCUGGCCAUCCGGGGCACCGAGGCCUGGGAUGACGCCGCCGAGCUGCUCACCCUCGAGCUCACCGAGGCGUUCCAGGCUUCGCCGCUUUCCGUCUGGUUUGACCGGGUCGUCAUCGACUCAUUCAGUGAGGGAAGCGUCAUAGCCGACUACUACCUGAUCUUCAACAACCUGGUGGGCGAGCUCAACACCCAGGACGUAAACGUCCUGUUCCAAGAGAAUCUUCCGGUGGCGAAGAUGGACAUGCCGGACGGAUCUGAGCAGAAGGUGCUGCAAAUGGGCAGCCUCUCCAUCGAUGCAGGGUUCAACGACUUCGUGGUCCAAAAGCCCCAGCCUGUAUUGGCCAAGGCGGAGGCGAACUACCUGAUCCCAGAGUGGAGUAUCGCCGUCAUCGUCAUCGGUCUCACCGCGCUCCUCUUCAUGCUCAUCUUUGGUAUCGUGCUGAUGUGGAACCGGCGUAAGAGGCGAGGCCGGGCGCCGCGCACCACCGUGCCGCUAACGGCCGAUAUGCUGAACGAGCUGGACAAGAGCCACAUGGCCGGCGUCGACAACUACGGCGCCGACGAUGUGUACGACCCGGACGACGCCUGGAACAAUGACAAGGUCACCUACGACCGACGGCUGCGUUCCGCCAGCCGCGAGACGAAGAACAAUGAUAUGAAGAACUACAACAUCUACGACAGCUGGCGCAGCGACUACUCGGGACCGCACGGCUCGGCCGCCGGCUGGACAACCAACACAGUGCCGUUCACUGCCUUCGGUUCGCCGGCCCAGCAGCGACAAAGACAACGGCAACAAGAACAACAACAACAGCAGCAGCAGCAGCAGUCCCAGCAGCAGCCUCAGCAGCAACAGCAGCGCCCGGGUCGACUGCUGAACGGCAACAACCUGGCAUUCCAGCCGCGGCCACCGUUCCAGUUCGGCGCGCCAGCUCAGUUCGGCGCGCCACAGUUUCGGCCCCAGCCCUUCACCGUGUUCCGGCAGCCACCGCCGGGCCAGUUCCGGCCACCGGCUCAGACACAGUUUGGCCAAUUCCGACCGGUCACGGCGCCGCCGCCGGCCGGCGCCGCCGUCCGGUCGCCCUUCCCGCCGCCGCCGCCCCAGACGUUCUUCGGUCGUCCGGCGACGGCGACUCCUCCGACCACCGAGGCGCCGACGGAGCCGCCGCCGGCUGCCACUACCCAGCGCCCGCUGCGGCUGCGGCCGCGCGUCCGCAACCCGGCCGGUCGGGUCACCCUGUUCCAGUUGGUGACCACUUCCACCACGCCGACGCCAGCCGUUGAGCUGGAGCCCACGCUGCGCUCGAACGAAGUGACGGUGUUCGAGCCGUCCCGGCAGGAGGUGCGCGGCCGGUUCGACCAGCAGGCGGCGCCCGAGACCACCACCGAGUUCGUGCCGCAAACCACCCUCGCGCCGACCACCUUCGGCGGAACCACGUUCCCGCUCUUCCGUGAGGAGCCGGAACGCGUUACGCAGCGUCCCGUCGAGGUGCCGACGGAGUUCACGACAGAGGAGCCGUUCAAUAGUCUAAAUUUCACGAGUGAUGGCAGCCUGGUGGAGUUUGUAGACUACUCGCCCGACCCACUGGCUGGCGACCAGUUUUCCGACUACGUGGAAGAGGGCAACGACUCAUUUGCUGGCUUCGAAGAUCAAGGGCUACAAGGAACAGAAACAGGGCCUUCGAAUCAAUUCGCAGACACAACAGAGAGGAGUUUAGGCACCACAGGCUUCUCAGGCGAUGAUGUUCCAGACUUCACCACCGAUGACUCUCUGAUUGAGUUCACCAAACAACGGGACCAGGUGCUAAGGGGAUUCGCUGACGAGGCGGAAACCACCACGGAGGCCCUGGUGUUCGAAGGAGGCUUCGAAAGCACGACCCCAAGUUCCUUUGACGAGUUCGCUACCACCAAUGAAGAGUUUGUCAACAGGACGACAGAACCGAUAGCAUUUGCCACAACGGAGACCACUCCGGAGAGUACCACGGAGCGACUGUUCGCUGUCUCCGACGACAAACAGCUGCAGGAUCUGGACGUCAGUCCAGGAGACGUCAGUGAGGAGACGACGCUGGCGCCGGUCACCGAGCCGACCCUGGCCGACGAAGAGUUCACUACGGCUAUCACGGCGCCGCCCACCAACCGAAUCACGCGCGAAACGACACCGCUGUCGCCGCGGCCCACCCGGCCGUCCCUGCCGCGGCGCGGCCUUUCGUCCUCCAUUCGCGACCGGCUCAGGAGCCGCAACAGGGACUCGGGCAGCUCGCGCUUGAGGCCGGCGCAGGACGAGCCCGAGGCUGCCGCGGAGGAGGCGGAGGAGGCCGCGCCGCCGCCGCGCCGCCUGUCGCUACGGGAGCGUUUGCGGCAGCAGCUGCAGGCGAAGCAGGAGGACGCCCCCACGGAGCCGUCGACGGUGGUGACGACUGUGACGGCCCGCCAGGUGAGCGGGCUACCGUCCGGUCGCGCCACCGAGACGACCACGGAGCGACGCCUGGCUGCGCCGACGCGUCGCCCGCGCCCCUCCAGCAGCCGCGGCGGCCUGGCCUCGCUGCUGGUGAAGCAGCUGAAGGACGCUCAAGGGGAGGAGACGCCACCAUCAGUCGAGGAGACAACACUCCGCUCCGAAACGAGCCCGCCCACCUCCACCACCGCCGCGCCCGAGACGGCCGCGCCAACAGAGCCGGUGGGACCAGAGCCGCCCAACACGGGUCGCAAGGCGCCGACGCAGCGGGGCGGCCUGGCCUCCUUCAUCUCCAAGGGCACGGCGGAGCGACCGUCGCGGCCGGGUCUGUCCUCCCUGAUCGAGCGGCUGCGCGGCCGCACCUCCACCACGGCGAGGCCGGAGCCGGGCAGCCGCGAGGGCAAGGCGCUGCGUGCCGACAGCGAAGCUCAGCAGACGACCGUCGUUGACGAGGACGUGUCUCGCUUCCUUCCGCCCGGCUUCCGGCCGGUGAAAGACAGCGUGGAGACAACGACCAUACGAAACGAGGAUGGGCUGGUCAUCAUUGAGGAGGACAUCAAUCCCGACCUGCUUCCGGAGGGGUUCAAGAACAAGGUGCGACAGGACCUUGAGAACUCGGGCGCCGAGCCGAAGCUCACGCCGCCGCCCAUCACCUCCACGGCCAGGCCCAAAGUUCAGGUGGAGAAGGUGGAGGACCUCUCGGCCUUCUUGCCGCCCGGGUUCCAGCUGGAGUCUGUGAGUACCACUUCAUCCAAGAAAAAGCCUGCUGCCAUCGAAGAGGAUGUCUCGGCAUUCCUCCCGCCGGGCUACAAGGCGCCGGAAACGACCACGGAGCGUUCUCGUGCUCCGAUAGUCGCCAUUGAAGAGGAUGUGUCAGCCUUCCUCCCACCCGGUUACAAACCCCCAGAGACGACGACAACAGAGCGUACUCGAUCCCGUGAGCCGAUAGUCGCCAUCGAAGAGGACGUGUCAGCCUUCCUGCCACCCGGAUACAAGCCUCCCGAAACUUCGACCACGGAGCGCAGUCGCUCACGUGCGCCGAUAGUCGCCAUCGAAGAGGACGUGUCAGCCUUCCUGCCACCCGGGUACAAGCCUCCCGAAACUUCGACCACGGAGCGCAGUCGCUCACGUGCGCCGAUAGUCGCCAUCGAAGAGGACGUGUCAGCCUUCCUGCCACCCGGGUACAAGCCUCCCGAAACUUCGACCUCGGAGCGCAGUCGCUCACGUGCGCCGAUAGUCGCCAUCGAAGAGGACGUGUCAGCCUUCCUGCCACCCGGGUACAAGCCUCCCGAAACUUCGACCACGGAGCGCAGUCGCUCACGUGCGCCGAUAGUCGCCAUCGAAGAGGAUGUGUCAGCCUUCCUGCCACCCGGGUACAAGCCUCCCGAAACUUCGACCACGGAGCGCAGUCGCUCACGUGCGCCGAUAGUCGCCACCGAAGAGGACGUGUCAGCCUUCCUGCCGCCAGGCUAUAAGCCGCCCGGCCCCUCGGAUGCUGAGGAGACGACCACCAGUACCACAGCGGCGCCCAAACGCAAGUCGGCUGGCAUCGUGUUCCCCUCGAGAGCGGGCGUCUCGCGCACCGUUGAAAGGAAACCGCUGGACCUGUUCAUCCCGGGCAAGGUCAGCUCCACGGCUAUACCGCCGCUGGAGUUCAAAUAUGAGCAGUCCGAGAAGGGCCUGUUCUCGCUACUUGGUAAUAGGCCCAAGUUCACCGUCGGGACAAAUCCCACCGUCCCUUCAACGGCGGCCACCACACCGGAGUCGUCAGCCUCGUCGACGCCGGCCCAGACCACGGUCGCCACCACCACCACGACCACCACCACGACCACCACCACACGCGUGCCGACCACGCCUGGCGUGUGCGCCUCCAACUGCCGGAUGGCCAGCUCGGUGCGGAUCCUGGAGGGCCUGCGGUGGCGGCCGGAGCUGGCCAUCCGGGGCACCGAGGCCUGGGAUGACGCCGCCGAGCUGCUCACCCUCGAGCUCACCGAGGCGUUCCAGGCUUCGCCGCUUUCCGUCUGGUUUGACCGGGUCGUCAUCGACUCAUUCAGUGAGGGAAGCGUCAUAGCCGACUACUACCUGAUCUUCAACAACCUGGUGGGCGAGCUCAACACCCAGGACGUAAACGUCCUGUUCCAAGAGAAUCUUCCGGUGGCGAAGAUGGACAUGCCGGACGGAUCUGAGCAGAAGGUGCUGCAAAUGGGCAGCCUCUCCAUCGAUGCAGGGUUCAACGACUUCGUGGUCCAAAAGCCCCAGCCUGUAUUGGCCAAGGCGGAGGCGAACUACCUGAUCCCAGAGUGGAGUAUCGCCGUCAUCGUCAUCGGUCUCACCGCGCUCCUCUUCAUGCUCAUCUUUGGUAUCGUGCUGAUGUGGAACCGGCGUAAGAGGCGAGGCCGGGCGCCGCGCACCACCGUGCCGCUAACGGCCGAUAUGCUGAACGAGCUGGACAAGAGCCACAUGGCCGGCGUCGACAACUACGGCGCCGACGAUGUGUACGACCCGGACGACGCCUGGAACAAUGACAAGGUCACCUACGACCGACGGCUGCGUUCCGCCAGCCGCGAGAAGAACAAUGAUAUGAAGAACUACAACAUCUACGACAGCUGGCGCAGCGACUACUCGGGACCGCACGGCUCGGCCGCCGGCUGGAGUCGGAAAAAGGUGGACAAUUUCGACGACGACCCCGACGACUUCUGAGCGGCCGGCGCGAUGGCGGUGAUACCAGCGGGUGCACGGGGCGCCUUCGCAGUGACGAGUGCGCGCGCACCGAGUGUGCGUCUUUCACGGGGAUCGGCCGGGCGCCGGUCAGCGGACCGACACACUGCCAGCAGUGGCGCCCGGCGCGCGUGCGUGCCGGUGUGAGACAGGGGCGAGAGAGAGAGAGAGAGAGA